GAUUACAGGGACCUGCUUCGGAAUACAUCGUUGACGUAGACUCGAUGGACAUAUUCCCAGUUGGCUGGUGUGAAGCGAAUUCUUACAAGCUGUCGGCACCACAUAAAGCAGUCUUACGGCGGAGGAGAAAGAUUGCUGUGGUGCAGCCAGAGCAGCAUGCUGGUCCCGUCAACGGGCGAUACAGUUGCCCAGCCCUGUUCAUCAAUCACCGCUGCUUCUCGGGACCCCAUUUGAACAAAGGAAGAUUGGCGGAGCUACCUCAGUCCGUUGGGCCUGGCAAGUGUGUCCUCGUUCUUAAAGAGGUCCUCAGCAUGGUCAUCAACUCGGCUUACAAACCCGGGAGUGUCUUGCGGGAGCUGCAGCUGGUGGAAGACCCCAGGUGGAACUUCCAGGAGGAGACGCUCAAAGCAAAAUACCGAGGGAAAACCUACAGGGCGACAGUCAAGAUUGUCCGCACAUCGGACCAAGUCCUGGAUUUCUGCCGGAAGGUCUGCACCAAGCUGGAAUGUUGUCCGAAUUUAUUCAGCCCUGUGCCAGUGACGGACGGCUGCCCGGAAAACUGCUCCGUCCAUACAAAAACAAAAUACACUUAUUAUUACGGGAAGAGGAGGAAAGUUGCGAAGCCUCCGUUUGGGGAGACUGACAGCCGCAGCUUGGAGAGGAAACACAGCCAGCUGGCGAGGCGCAGGAAGAGGCGGAAACCCAUCCUAGUGCAAAAGAAAAGGCAGCUGUCGGCGGCGGAUCUGAACGUGACCGGAUCGGCCGAGGAGAGCGACGAGGACGAGCCGGAGGGCCCGGAAGACGAGACGUGGAGCGAAGAGACCAGCCCCGAGCUGCGCGACGACCAGACAGACCUCUCCUCGGCAGAGGUGCCUCCGGCCAAGCCCACGAGCCCCAUGAAGUUGCGAAGCAGUGCCGAGUCGGGCCAGGCGGCUUGCACUGAGAGAGGAAGGCGGGCUCAGAAAGCACUCUCGCUCCUCUGCGCUAAAGGGGCAAAGAGGGACCGGAUUAAGCAAGAGAUAAAGCAAGAUGCCGAAGAGAAACUCGUCCUGGAGAGCAACCCACUGGAGUGGACGGUGACGGACGUCGUGAGGUUCAUCAGGCUGACAGACUGUGCUCCUCUUGCCAAAAUAUUUCAGGAACAGGAUAUCGACGGCCAAGCUCUCCUCCUGCUGACUCUCCCGACGGUCCAGGAGUGCAUGGACCUCAAGCUCGGGCCGGCCAUCAAACUGUGUCACCAGAUUGAGAGGGUCAAGCUUGCGUUCUAUGCCCAGUAUGCCAACUGA